AUCAAAGAGCUGAUCUGUCUGAGUUUAGAGGAACAUCAGCUCAGAGGGAAAAAGCUCUCCCACCAUAAAAGUCCAGGCCGAGAGCCGAAGCACCACAGGAGGCUCGGAGCUUUGAAAGGACUGGAGAUCCUGAUAAAGAUGGAGCUGAACUUUUCUAACUGAAGACUCUGAAAGACUCUGAACUCCGACCUCAGAAGCAGACUGUCUUUCAGCAAUGAUGCUACUGUAUGUGAUGCUGCUGAUUUUCUCUGGUUUCAUGGAGGCCAAUUCAGAGAAUUUUAAGGUUGUUGGUCCAGCUGCUCCUCUUGUUGUUGAAGCUGGUGAAGUCCUGGUUCUGCCCUGUUCUCUCCAACCCAACAUCAGUGCUGUGGAUAUGACGGUGGCGUGGAUCAGAACAGAUCGGACUGAUACUGACAAUCUAGUGCAUCUCUAUGAAGGUCAUAAAGACACAAAUGUUAAGCAGAUGAAGUCUUACAGAGGAAGAACAGCUCUGUUUAAAGAAGAACUGCAGAAAGGAAACACCUCACUGAAGCUCUCAGCAGUCCAGCCUUCUGAUGAGGGAGUUUAUCAGUGUUACACUGGGUCAGAAUCAUGGUAUGAUGAGGUCAUUGUUCAUGUUGAAGUCAAAAAGCUUUUAAAAGUAGUUGGUCCAGCUGAGCCUGUUGUUGUUGAAGCUGGUGAAGAUCUGGUUCUGCCCUGUUCUAUUGAACCCAGGAUCAGUGCUGAAGAUAUGGUGGUAGAGUGGAUCAGACUGUACCUGAAUGACAGAUUAGUGCACCUGUAUGUAGAUUAUGAAGACAGAAAUCAGGAACAGAUGGAGUCUUACAGAGGAAGAACAAGCUUAUUCAAAGAAGAACUAAAAAAAGGAAACACUUCACUGAAACUCUCAGCAGUUCAACCUUCUGACGAGGGAGUUUAUCAGUGUUACGUUCGGUAUGGGAACUUGGAUGAUGAUGUAAAUAUAUAUGUUGAAGUUAAAGGAAAAGGUUUUCAUGCUUGGAAGAUUGUCCUCAUCUGCAUGUCAGCUUUUGCCAUUACAUUAACCGCUUUUACAGCUUACAUCGUGAAAGAUACAUUCUCAAAAAAGCAGCUCUCUCCUGCACAAUGUUCAGUCAUGACCUACAUGCGAGUCCAGUCAGAGAAUAAGAAGGAAGAACUGAACCUGAAGAAAUUCAACACAUCAGAGGAGGGAUACAGAAGACUCAUCCCAGCUGUCACAAACUGCAGAAAGGCUCAAUUUGCUGGCUGUAGCCUCACUGCACUGUCCCUUGAAAUUUUGAGUACAGCUCUAAAAACAGAAAAUUCCUCUGUAAAAGAGCUGGACCUCAGUAAAAAUGACCUGCAGGAUGCAGGAGUGGAAAAGCUCUCUUCUGGACUCAAGAGUUCACACUGUAAAUUGGAGAUAAUCAGACUUGCUGUGUGUAAACUCAGCGCACAGUCCUGUGACACUCUGCAGUCAGUUUUACAAGCAGAAACCUCCUGCCUGAAAGAACUAGACCUCAGUAAUAAUGACCUGCAGGAUGCAGGAGUGGAGAAGCUCUCUGCUGGACUGAAGAGUUCAAACUGCAAACUGCAAAUACUAAGAUUGUCUGGUUGUAUGAUCAAAGAGGAAGGCUGUUCUUCUCUGGCUUCAGCUCUGAGUUCAAACCUGUCGCACCUGAAAGAACUGGAUCUGACCUACAAUCACCCAGGAGAGUCAGGCGUGAAGGUGCUCUCAGCUAGACUGGAGGAUCCACGAUGCACACUAAGAACUCUCAGAGUGGAACAUGGAGGUGAAAACAGAAUCAAACCAGGACUGAAGAAAUAUUCCUGUGACUUCACUCUGGAUCCAAACACAGCGCACAGUCUUCUCUCUCUGUCUGACGGGAACAGGAAGGUGAAGUGUGUGAGAUCUCAGUCAUAUCCUGAUCAUCCAGAGAGAUUUGAUUACUGGGAGCAGGUUCUGUGUAGAGAGAGUCUGAUUGGACGCUGUUACUGGGAGGCCGAGUGGAGCGGGACGGUUCAUAUAGCAGUAACAUAUAAAUCAAUCAGGAGGAAAGGAGACAGUGAGGACUGUGGGUUUGGAUGGAAUGAAAUGUCCUGGAUUCUGAGCUGCUCUGAUGACAGUUACUCUGUCUGUCACAAUAAUAAUGAGACUGAACUCUCUGCUCGACCGUCCAGUGAGAGAGUAGGAGUGUAUGUGGACUGUCCGGCCGGCUCUCUGUCCUUCUACAGCGUCUCUGAUGAUCAAACACUGACGCACCUUCACACGUUCAGCACCACAUUCACUGAACCGCUCUGCGCUGGGUUUACAGUGUGGAUCAGAGGCUCCUCAGUGUGUUUAAAAUAAAAUCUCCUCCUGAGUGAAACACAAACCAUAAAAAUAUCAGAUGGAGACGAUGUUCAGAACCAGUGGAAGAUCUACAAUAAAGAACUGAUUAAACUCCCAGAAUUAUGAUCAUUUAAUAAAAUAAAGUGCUGAUAAA